AGACCACUACUUUCAUGUCUGCCCCGCCAGCGGAGCUCAAGCUCGUCACCUACCGGUACGGUGACAACACAGUAUAUGUCCGCGCACCUCCGACAUACAAGGCGGCCAUCGAGCUUGCGCGGAAGACGUACAGCGAGCUGAAGUACGCCCCAGAAGACUGCUUCAAGUUCAGAAUUCGCAUUCAAGCCAAGGGUCGCAGUGAUUGGAUAACUCUCCUUGUUGGCCCGCACGCGUGGACCGAGAUCAUUGGGGGAAUCCCGUGCUACGAGAUUAUCGACGUUGACCUCGAAAAUGCUUCCUAG